AUGGAUUACUUCACUAAGUGGCCAGAAGUCUUCGCCAUUCCAAAUCAAGAAGCUUCAACAGUUGCAGAUAAACUGGUUUAUGAAGUCUUCUGUCGUUCUGGAGUACCUUUAGAGAUUCACAGCGAUCAAGGAAGGAAUUUUGAGUCUCAAAUAUUCCAGGAAACUUGCCGAGUUAUGGGUACUCAUAAAACAAGAACGACUUCUUAUCACCCGCAAUCUGAUGGAAUGGUAGAAUGA